UCAGAAGGCAUUUACAUGAGACCCCUCUGCAGCGCAGGAAGUUGCUGCUGCUUAAAAUCAACUGGAUGUUUCUUUUCUCUCUGCGUUGGGCUUUGGUUAAGAAAUGGACGAUUGAUUAUGGUUCAAUGAGGCAAGGGAUCUGGGAUUGAUCCUCAUCGGGAAAAGAUGACAUCGAAAAGUUUCGAAGGCAAGUUAUCAAACUACGGGAAAGAGCUGCCCCCCGCCUGCAGCAACUGUAGGAAGCAGUGCACCAACUGUGGGAUGUUCCUGGGUUUCUUCGCCUUGUCCUUGUGCCUGCACCUGGUCACGCUGCUCUGUUACUUGGAUUUACGCUCCGAGGUGAAACGGGAGCUGAGGCCGCAGAGCAGGAGCGAGGGUUCAGCCGAGCACUCACAGGAUGCUUCCUUUCUGUCGCUGGAGCCGGGCGAGCAGCAUUUCCUGGACAGAGCAUCAGCUGCUGCCGCUGACCGGAUGCCUCGGUUAAAUUACUUCACCACAGAUACUCAAGCACUUCCUCAUGAAGAUCGAGCAGAAGUGGUUCAUCGGGCGAAACGAAGUCAAAACAAAGAACCAGGAGAGAGAGGUGAACAAGCAGUUAAAGGGGAUAGAGGUGUGAACGUGGGUACAGGUAAAAACAAAGGAAAAGGAAAAGGCAAAAAAAUGGGUCCCCCAGGUCCGCAAGGUCCCCAGGGCCCUCCAGGUCCACCAGGACCCCAAGGCCCUCCAGGAAUCCCAGGUAUCCCUGGCAUACCGGGAACAGCAGUGUUGGCGGCACCUGGGCCACCUGGUCCACCUGGCCAGCCAGGACCUCCAGGGCCCCCAGGACCACCAGGCACUUCAGACAAAGCUGCAGAGAGUCGGCCACCAAUGGCAGUGGUGCACCUCCAGGGGCAUGACUCAGUCAUUCAAGUGAAACAAGGUGGUGUUCUGGCUGACUGGGUCCGAUCUUCACUGAGUCAUAAAGUCUUCCGGUUGCACAGCCGAAGUGGACAGCUGGAGGUACUCGUGGAUGGCACCUACUUCAUCUAUAGUCAGGUAGAAGUUUACUACAUUAACUUCACGGAUUUCGCAAGUCACGAGGUGCUGGUGGAUGAUAAGCCAUUCUUACAAUGCACACGUAGCAUUGAGAACCGCAAGUCAAAAUUCAAUACUUGCUACACUGCAGGAGUCUGCCUACUCAAGGCGAGGCAGAAGAUCACAGUCAAAAUGACAUACGAAGAUACGGUCGUUAACAUGAGUCAACACACAACCUUCUUUGGAGCAGUGCGACUAAGUGACUCUCCAUAGAAUGGGAUCCGUGGGACUGCAGAGUGCAUGGGAAAAGAAAAACUGACAAGAAAGUACCCUGAAAGAAAUCACCUAAGGAUGAAAUUGGAGUGCAGUGUUUAGGUGGAGGGGUAAAGAGUUAAAGACCAAAGGGAGUUUGGAGCAGAAUUUCUUUUAUUUACCCAAAUCAAAUAGUUUCCUGUUUUCCUGACAUGCACUUGUGUGAAUAAGCAUAAUUUACUUUGAGUUGUAUUUGGAAGUCAGCAGGACGUGCACAAGUUCUGUCACCCUUGUAGCAAACUCUGUCGUCUGUUUCUCUUGAUGAGUUUAGCACUGCAUUACUAACCAGUUGGAUUCCUGUAGUCCCUCUGGUCCCCAGGAGGGUGGCAUAAUGCAAAUUAUUCAACUGACAUUGAUGUUGCAGCUUUUGGUUCAUUUUGCAAGCAUGAUGGAUAUGCAAACUGAAGGGAGGGAAGUGAGAUACUCUUCAUAUGGAUAAGAGAGAAACAAUAAUAUCUUAUCUUCUGAGCAACCCCGACAUGUGGCCAGAAAUGUGGAAGAAACAUUUGAAAACUGAAACUUAGAGCAAAUGCAUUAAAAUUCUGCAUGAAUGAGGAUAAUAACUGUUUAUGGGAGUGCAAUUGAGGUUUGUCAUGCAGAUUCUGCAUUUUGAAAUACCCUCCUGCUUGCAGUUUUGCACCAUUUCACAUAAGCAUUUCUUUUCUUAUAAUAGAUUUAAAUUUGAGGAGCAUUAAUUCAAGAGUCUGAUUAGUGAGAAAAUGAUCAGCCCUGAAGUUUUCUGUGCAAAGAUGGAAUUGUUUUAAAAUACAUUAGGACAGAUUCUCAGCUUACUAUUUGGAUAUGCAAAUCAGGAUGGGCACCUAAGCAACCAUACCAGUUUACUUCCCUCAUUAUUCAUUCAUUGGCUGCCAGCAUUGGCAUGGAUCUGUUUUUAUUGCCCAUCCCUAACUGGCUUGGAAAAAAAACUAAUAUUCACACAAUACCAGGUUAUAGCCCAAUUGGUUUAUUUGGAAGCUUUCAGAGAGUUGCUCCCUUGUCGGGUAGCAGGUGGAGCAGGAUCAUAGGAUCAAUUUAUAAAGCUUGCACUUUCAAAUAAACCUGUUGGACUAUUACCAGGU